UGUUCCUGAUGUCCAUCUCGGGUCGUUCACGCGAUGAUCAGCGCCUGGGUGUCUCCAUAUCGCCUCAGAUAAGGCCCAUCUCCUGGCGAGCCACAUCCUUUUGCUUGUAAAUCGGGUUUCAACACACACCUGGUUUUUCCUGAGGAGGGGGGCUUCUAAUGCCAAAGGGUACAUUCUAACAACUAUUUAAUAUUAUAUAUAUAUCAUGCAAAAAAUGGCGCGAAUUAUACCUGUUACAUAUAACAAUUUUCACAGCUUUUUUUAGCUUAGCUAAGAAGAUAGACUUUAACACCACCAGCAAAUUCAUGAACAGUUGUACACACUUGAGGGAAGUUUAGAGGAUGACAUCCUUAAACUAUAUUUAGUAGCAGAGAAAAUGUUUUUAAAAGCUCCUCAUUUAUCAGGAAAAUAUUAUAUGAAUAGCGUUAGUAAAGUUAUUAAAAACCUAGAUUACCUAGUUAACAUAGUUUUGUUAUAGGUAUCUGCUGAUUAUGUUAGUUUAGUAGCUAUUCCGAACUUGUAUUAAGUUUGGCUGUGCUACAUUUGUGUGGCACUUCUGCUACACUGUGCCACUCGUGUGGCAAAUGUUUUUAUCUCUGGAAACGUACUGUCAGUACAGAGAACAAAAGCAUGGUAAACCUUAGUAUCUCAGUAGUGCAUAUUUUUCCCCUUGUGAUCUGUCGUUGUGAUAUCAUACAUCCGGGUGCUGCUGAAGCCUCUGUUCUUGUGGCCGCAUGGCUCAUCCUGGCCCCUAGAGGCUUCUUGGGACACAGCCUCCCCUGCAGCUGAGUGCAAGGGGCAGUUCAGUUUCGCUUUCGGAGGCGCAGAGGCAGGAAAAACUUCCUUAAUUUGCAAGUAAAUCUUCAAACUCGUCCUGCAGUCAUUACUACCACUUUAAAUUACUCUUGUUUUGUUUUUGUUUUUGUUUUUUGACCUCACAAUAACACAGGUGCCUCUAGACUCUCCAAGUCUGUCUAGAGCAUGAGCUGUGCCAUCUUUCAGUUUAGAAUUAUAGGGCUCUCUCUCCAUAUAUCAUUAAGGUAUGAUCUAGUAGCAUUAACAGCUUGAUUCAAUAAUUAACAAGAAAUUGCAAAAAGACAAGCGAACUGCUGCUGAGAACCACAAAAAGCUUGGCAUGCUGUGGGAAAAGAACAGCUGUGUCAUCGUAUUUAAAAGAGCCUGAGACAAGAAACCCGAGUCCUUCUGGGGCAGGUGAGCAGCCUCUGGGGAGUUGUUAUUGUCGAUUUAUUUAACUUAGUGCUGGACCCCCCUGCACCUCAGCCACCAGAUACAGUUACACUCAAGACGUGGAUCUUGCUAGAGGCAUCUUCAAAAGAGAAAGACCUGUCAGCAUCUCGGUACUGAUAUAUUCCAUAUUGCUGAGUCUUCCAGCAGCAAAUGAAAAACAUGUAUUUAUUCCUCCUUUCCAUUUUACCUUUGCUUUUGAAAGUCACUGGCACCAAGGAUGUUAUAUUUGGCCAUAAUAAUUUCACAGAAUAUCAAGUGGGCAACAUGAACCUCAUUCUCUCUGUCCCGCAUGGUGGAUCAAUGGAACCUAAAGACAUCCCUGAUCGAGAGGCUGCCUGUUGGGAUGCCAUGACAUCCUCUUGUAUUUUCUCUCAUGACUGUCCUCCUGGAAGUAGUCAAAAUGCUAUGAAAUGCAAAGUGUCUACAAACCAAGACAGAUAUACUAUAGAAGUGGCUCAGGCUCUUGCUGAAGAAAUCAACAAAAUUACUGAUGGCUUCUUCCCACAUAUCAUCAUAAACCACCUACAGAGGUUCAAGAUGGAUGCUAACAGGGGAAAGGAAGAAGCUUCCUUUGGAAUUCCCCAAGCAGAACAGGCCUGGGAGGACUAUAUGGGAUUUUUGACCACUGCAAAAUCACAGAUGUCAGGGGGUCUAAUUCUGGAUAUCCACGGACAAGCACAUCCUGAAAGGUGGAUAGAACUAGGUUACACACUUUCAAAAACUUCCCUUAACUCAGGUGUCUUUUCUGCAUUGAAUUCCUCAAUUAGGCAUCUGGCCAGUCAGCUGGUCAAUGUGUCUUCUGAGAUUUUGGUUGCUGGGAACAGAAGUUUGGGUAAAUAUAUUGAAGGACAAAAUAAGAGUUAUGUUUGUGUGCCUUCUCCAUCCAAUCCUAGCCCAAAUAAUGGAAGCUAUUAUAGUGGUGGGUACAUAACAAAGAAUUUUGGUUCCUGUAGUUCUGGCACCAUUGAUGCCAUUCAGCUUGAACUGCCCCAGUGGGUGAGGGCAGCUGAAGAGCGUCACAGAUUUUGUAAAGCACUGGCAAGGGCUGUAAUGAAAUUCUGGCAAACUAACUACUGCAGCCAGCAGAAGCACAAACUUCUGCCAUGCUGAAAGAGGUUGUCCUGUUAAGAGUUUCCUUAAUAGAGUAGUUAUUAUAGUUAUUAUAUAUAGUCUGGAUCAAUCAAACAACUCAUUCACCUGGAACGUUUAAGUGCAACAUAAUUGUGGAUGCUGGUAGAAAGAAACCAUCCUGCAAAUGAAUGCAUCAAGAUAGAGGAAAUCCACAGUUAAUACCAACAAAUCCAUUACCACACACCUUUGUACCAGACCCAGCAUUGAAAAGACUGCUGUAAGAUGAGUGAGUGCAAGCAUCACUUGCCUAUGCUUAAUUUCUUUCCAGUCUCAUCCUCUGUUUUGAAGAGCAGGAUAAACAACUAAUCUUCUAAUAAAUUCUGUGCAAUGCCUUAGUAGA